AUGGAUGCUUCAGAGCAGGACCGGGAUGUCUUCAUCCAGAAGUACUCUGCGGAUCUCAUCGCCGACUUUGAUCGCUCGCUCGAGCCGUUCUUGAGGAAACCCAACGGUCACCUGCGGCGUCGCGUGCGCAUGAGGGAAACCUCGAGGUUGAUAUCUCAGCUGCUGGAACAUUUCCAGGAACUGCCACAGUUGCUCGACCCCCAACUUCCGAAGUGGCUUCCGGUGCUCGCACAUGCCUACCUCGAGUGCUUGCAGGACCGCCGAAGAUCCAGGGGGCUGUCGAUGAGGUCCCAGCUACUGACCCCACUUCCAAACGCCAUAUGCAGGAUCAUCUACACGUUCUGCAAGAUCCGGGGAGAGAAGGUCAUCGUCAGGUUUUUGAAUGUAGAGACGAGGUACCUGGAACUCCUCCUGCAAGCCGUCGAGGACUCGGAGCGCGUGAGCGACGCCGCUACGAAGCCAGACUCGGCUGUCUUGUGGACCUGGCAUGAGCGAUAUGUCUGUCUGCUGUGGCUGUCUCAGCUCUUCUUUGCCCCUUUCGAUCUCUCGACCAUAUCAUCAGGCGAUGCGGAUGACCUUGAUAGGCCAGACGUGGCAGGCUUUGAGUGGCCGCCUCAAAUUCCUGGCAUAGCAUUGAGAGUCAUACCUCUAGCAACCAGAUAUCUCUCUUCCCCUGGGAAAGAGAGAGAUGGAGCCAAAGCGCUAUUGGUCCGUGUGGCAAUGAGGAAGGACAUGCAAGAAGUAGGCGUCUUGCGUGCUCUCGUUCAAUGGGCUCUAUCUACACUGAAGCCAACGACAGACGCUGCAUCUGAGUCGCCGUACUACUACAUUGGAAGCCUGUCGUUCCUCGCUGGAGUGCUCGGAGCCUCGGCAGAUACUUCUAUCAUGGACCAGUACCUGACAACCAUAUUCUACGCUACGCAGGCAAUCCCUGCAGAAGAGAAUGCCAUUUUCAACGUCAUCAAUGGGUCUGCCCUGGCCCGAAAGAUGAUGAUCAAAGUCACGCGCUCGGUAGCGACCUUGGUCUUACGGAAGUCCCAGCAGACCAUGACUGAUACUGAGAUGGUAGAGACUACGAUUGGUUAUCUACUCGAGAGACUGGCAGACAAUGACACGCCAGUGCGACUUGCCGCUAGCAAGGCCUUGAGCAUGAUCACACUCAAACUGGAUCUUGAUAUGGCGUCGCAAGUUAUCGACGCUGUUCUUGAAAGCCUCAAUCGGAAUGUCCUCUGGAUAAAAAACAAGUCAGACCCAUCGGCUCCACCUACUCGAGACCUCACAGCAGUUGAUCCCCUCGAAUGGCACGGUCUCAUGCUGACACUAUCCCACCUUCUGUACCGGCGAUCGCCACCACCCGAGAACCUUUCGGAUAUCAUCCAUGCCUUAUUGUUGGGGCUCUCUUUCGAGAAGCGGAACCCCUCUGGAAGCUCUAGUGGCACCAACGUAAGAGAUGCUGCUUGUUUCGGUAUCUGGGCUCUAGCUCGUCGCUACAGCACCCCUGAAUUACCUCAAGUCCAGACAAAGUCUGUGUUGGUCGCCAAAGGACAUGACCCUUCUGCAUCAAUACUCCAGGUCAUUGCGACGGAGCUAGUCGUGAAUGCAUCGCUUGAUCCAGCUGGAAAUAUCAGGCGCGGCGCGUCCGCUGCUCUCCAGGAGUUGAUCGGCCGCCACCCUGAUACCGUAGAGGAGGGCAUUUCGGUGGUUCAAGUUGUCGACUACCAUGCAGUCGCCCUCCGGACGAGAGCUAUACACGAAGUGGCUCUUCAGGCAACGCGACUGUCGCCUCAUUAUGGACGUGCCUUAUUGGAGGCCACCCUUGGAUGGCGAGGCAUUGGCGACAUGGAUGCAGCCGCUCGUAGAGUCGCUGCUGCUUCUUUCGGAAUCCUGACAGCAGAGAUGGCCCACGUUGGGACGUCCGAUCCGUUCUCCCGCGUCGUGAACUCCGUCGAGCUGCUACUAUCCCGGUUGCGAGGUCUACAAGUACGCCAAGUAGAGGAACGACACGGUCUCUUGUUGAGUUUCGCAGCUGUUCUUGACUCUCUACCAUCUCUUGUCGAAGGAGGAUCAUCUAUCGAACGGUUCGAGAUGGUGCCUAUCUCGAAAAUCUGCAAUGCUCUCAAAGAUAUUUUGCACGAUGCGAAGGUGACCAAGUAUCGCAAGUCCGAACUCAUCGCGGAAGCGGCUGCUAGGCUCGUGGUGUCGUCGGCCCCGGUUCUACUCAUGAGUCUCGCACAGCAGAAUCUACAGCACUCGAAGCUAGGCAGCCUGGUGAAGCCGGGCCAUGAUGUUGUCAGCGAGGGGGGUUCGAUAGCUGCUUCAACAGUCAAAUGGCUAGAUGACACACUGCAAGGUGACCCGACGCAGAUAGUCAGCGAAAUUGUGGCAAUCCUCGAGGAUACGACGACUGUCUGGCUCGACAGUAACGAGAACGAGGUAAGCAUGUCCGCAUCAGAAGCUGCGUUGAUACUCCUCAUUUUCUCAAACCCGUCAAAUCGAGCCCGGAUUGUUGCAGGGUGGUGUAACAAAGUCCGCCUCCCACAAACAGGACGAAGUAAGCACGGUAACGGCUAUUUCCAUGCUCUCUCCCGCGCCUACGCUGUACUGGACUCUCUGAACACGGCCCAGCAUUUCCAGUCCGGCACCAAUGCUGUAAGCGAGGCACUUACAGAGCGAUGGUCGAAGGACGGGGAAAUCUUGACACGAGUGCCAAUUCUGCAAAGCCUCGUGGGCACGUCCAUCUUGAAAAAUAAAGCAUCUGAUUUCACAGGUAUCAUUGCUGGCGGCCUUGACGAUUACACGACCACCGCCCGUGGAGAUGUCGGCUCACAUGUGCGAUUGGAGGCGAUCAAGACGACCAAGACACUAUGGGAAUCACAGCAGAGCGAUCAACAAAUACUCACCGCCCUUUUCCCUCGCAUUCUUCGAUUAGCAGCUGAAAAGCUAGACCGUGUCCGCGUCGAGGCUCAAUCUGCCUUAGCUAUGCUCCUACCUUUGAGUGACUGCGAUACAUUCAAAAACCUGUCGUUCUCUUCGAAGGAGUACUUUAGCUUCUUAUUCCGCCUUUGUACCACAAAACGGCUGGAUCAAAACGUAGCCAAACACUGUACCCUCAGUGCAAACGAGUGCACGUCCAUGCUGCUUGCAGGCCUGGCGACGUCAGCAGACACCGGUAAUGAAGACCUCGUCAUAGUCAGCCGUGCCGCCGUGGCCGACUUCUGCGAUGAAUCCCACGAGAACCUUGAGCAGGUCUGUAUCAGCCUGGUGUACAACCUCAAGCGGUACGCGGGCCAGGACCGCGUCGUUGUCCCCACCCUAGAAGUAGUGGCCCACCUGUUCCACAUCGGCCUCCUGCAGCGGUGCCACGAGACCCUGAACCUGCGGCAGCUGUGCCUGCUGGUACAGAAGGCGGCGUACAAGACGGGCAACGUCCGCAAGCUCGAGGCGUGUAUCAAGGUGUACGGCGCCAUCGCGGCGAUGGACGCCCACGACAUGACAUCGGAGCUAGCGCAUAAGAGGCAGGAAGGCAUCGCGGAGGCGCGACGGCGGCUGGGUGCGCUGAUGCUCCACCCGUGGCCCAAGGUCCGGAGCCUGGUCGUCGACCAGCUGUGGUGUCUGUCGCUUGCGGACGGUGGUGUUGGUGACGGUGACAACAAAGUCGAAGACGAAAACGCCAUGACGUCGCAGCAGCGCGCUCGUCGCAAGCUCCUGGGCACGGAUUGGGGAAAGGCUGAGAGGUCACACAUCAAGGGCCUGGUUGGGGAGCUUGGCAUCGAGUAG